UCUGCAGCUGAGCCACUCAGCCGUCCGGAGGUUUAAAGGUGGGCGGAGACAGAGAAGCGCGAGGAAGUCCUCCCGUCUGCAGCGACCGACGCACAGUGCAUUUUCGGACUCGGCACCCGCACCCGUCCGAGGAGGGGAGACAUCAUGGCAACGACAACUUGUACGCGUUUUACAGAUGAAUACCAGCUGUACGAGGAGCUUGGCAAGGGGGCCUUUUCAGUGGUGCGCCGCUGUGUCAAACUCUGCACAGGCCAAGAGUACGCCGCCAAAAUCAUCAACACCAAAAAGCUCUCGGCCAGAGACCAUCAGAAACUGGAGAGAGAAGCCAGGAUCUGCAGAUUGCUUAAACACUCCAACAUCGUUCGUCUCCAUGACAGUAUCUCAGAGGAAGGCUUCCACUAUCUCCUCUUUGACCUGGUGACAGGAGGGGAGCUGUUCGAAGACAUUGUGGCUAGAGAGUACUACAGCGAAGCCGAUGCCAGUCAUUGCAUCCAGCAGAUCUUGGAGGCCGUGCUCCACUGCCAUCAGAUGGGGGUGGUACACAGAGACCUCAAGCCGGAGAACCUGCUGCUGGCCAGCAAGUGUAAGAACGCAGCGGUGAAGCUGGCUGACUUUGGACUCGCCAUCGAGGUUCAAGGAGAGCAGCAGGCUUGGUUUGGCUUUGCAGGGACUCCCGGCUACUUGUCCCCAGAGGUGCUGAGGAAGGAGGCCUACGGCAAACCUGUCGACAUCUGGGCGUGCGGUGUGAUCCUCUACAUUCUUCUGGUUGGAUACCCUCCGUUCUGGGACGAGGACCAGCACAAACUCUACCAGCAGAUCAAAGCUGGAGCGUACGACUUUCCCUCCCCAGAGUGGGACACGGUGACUCCGGAGGCUAAAAAUCUGAUCAACCAGAUGCUGACUAUCAACCCAGCCAAGAGAAUCACUGCCCAGGAGGCUCUGAAGCACCCAUGGGUUUGCCAACGCUCAACAGUGGCCUCUAUGAUGCACAGACAGGAGACCGUCGAGUGCCUGAAGAAGUUUAACGCCAGGAGGAAACUCAAGGGUGCCAUUUUGACCACCAUGCUCGUCUCCAGGAACUUCUCUGUGGGCCGGCAGACCACAGCGCCGGCGUCCGUCAGCGCCGUGGCUGGAACCACCGCUGGCAUCGUGGAGCAAGCAGCCAAGAGUCUCCUCAACAAGAAGGCUGAUGUUAAGCCGCAGACGAACAGCACGAGAAACAGCACAGUCACCAGUCCCAAAGGACACGUCUCUGCUGCACUGGGAUCAUCUGACAGCAGCAACACCACCAUUGAGGAUGAAGAUGUGAAAGCUCGCAAACAGGAGAUCAUAAAGAUCACCGAGCAGCUGAUUGAAGCUGUCAACAACGGAGACUUUGAGGCGUAUGCGAAGAUAUGCGACCCUGGCCUGACCUCGUUUGAGCCGGAGGGCCUGGGUAAUCUGGUGGAGGGAAUGGACUUCCACAGAUUUUACUUUGACAAUCUCCUCUCCAAGAACAGCAAACCCAUCCACACCACCAUCCUCAACCCUCACGUGCACAUGAUCGGGGACGACGCCGCCUGCAUCGCCUACAUCCGCCUGACGCAGUUUGUCGACGUGCAGGGCCACCCUCGCUCCAGCCAAUCAGAGGAGACCAGAGUAUGGCACCGCAGGGAGAGUCGGUGGCAAAACGUCCACUUCCACUGCUCAGGAGCUCCCGCUGCCCCGCUGCAGGGAUAAGGUCUACGAGACUGAAGAGGAGGGCUAGAGGAGCGGAGGAGGAAUCCGUGAAUAAGAUCUGAGAGAGCAGCAGAGGACAGAGAGGUGCAAGCGGAUGCAAGGGGGGAGUCUGGAGAGUCUGUAAUUUCUGGGAUCGUGGUCGUCCUCCUGCUCUCUUCUCGCUCCGUCUCUCUCUCCACAUUCAGCCGACAGCCGACGCUCCCAUCAUUAAACCUACACUACAGCAGUGGGCAUAUCAGCCAAAAAAAGAAAAGAAAAAAAGAAAAAAAAAGAAAGGAAACUCUUUAGCCUGCGUCUUGUCUUCAGUUGAGACCCGGACAGCGCCUGUCCUUCAUCCAGCGUGGCACUCUCUCACUCUCUUAUUCUUACUUAUCUUCUAGUAUUAUUAUGGCUGCUGUCUAAUUGUUGUGCUCUUUCAUCUGUAAAGUAUAUUUAUUAGUCAUUCUAAACCUUUUUUUAUAAUAUGACGAGCAUGACUCCUACGUGUGUUCUUAUUAGCAGUGGCUGUUUUUUUUUCUGCACGACUAAAGGCUGCCUGCAGUGUGAAAUGAACAAACUGAACCACGUUGUCUUACAGAACGAGACCAGUGGGUGUAUUUAAUUAUCCCUUUUUGUUUUGUCAUUCAAUGGAGCUUAUUUUUUUAUUUUUUAUUUCUUUCUUUUUUUUUUGUGUUCUCUUCCUCUGGAGUGUAGUUGACCCUGAACCCUGAACGCCUCCGCGUGUUGCCCGGCCCCCUCUCCGAGUCCACCGCCACCACGCAGCAUGCUCACACCUUAACUGUCGUUCGUAAUCGGCUCUCUUUGUAACGAACAUCGCAAUGACGAGCUACUGAAGUUAUGACAAUGGUUGACAUUAUAAUAUCACGCCGUUUAUGUAAACUUCCAGUUUCAUCGUGGUGACAUUGACUACAGUUCUAUGCUGUGGAUGGUAUUUUAAUUGCAUGAUAUUCCGAGUUAAUAACAUUGGUUCGUUGGGUGUUAUCGUGCAUUUUGUGUUCUUUUUUUGGACUGAACUGCUGGCAAGCUAUAAUCUAUUCCCUCUAUUUUCUGGACUUUGUAAAGUGCAUUAACUAUUAUUUGUGUUUGUAUGAUAGCGUAGUUUAUGAGGAUACUGGCGAGGAUCGUGACAGAAUAUGCCUUUUUAGAAGAAUUUGCUGGAUCCAGAUCAGCUUUAAAAACAAAUAGCUCUUUACUGAAUGGAAGACAAAAAAAAAAAUCCUAUUUAAUCACUCACAUUUUUUUUAGAAUAAAAUAAAUAGAAUCUAAUAAAUCUGACUGAAGAUAAUGCCACAACUUAGAUUUCACGUCAGGGUCUUAAACGCACAAUAGGCCUAUGUCAAAACUAAAAACUAAAAGGCACUUUCACUUUCUCCCGUUAGGAUCCCUUCAGAGUUCAUCGUUCAGGAGGGUUUUUAAUCCUCAGAGGCAGGGGCGAGUCUAGGAUCAGACCUUUAGGGGGGCUCAGCCCCUAAUGAGAAUGUGACACAGUGCUUUGUCAGUGUUAAACCCAACGUCAGCUAACGUUUUUUUUGACACUAUUAACACUAUGAUGGAACUAGACCUGACACUUUAUAAGUCACAGUUAUAACGACCAAUUUGACCCAAUGUUCUCACAUUCAGCAAUUUUAGUUGCUUACGUUUCAGUUUGGGUUCUAAUCUGCACCAUGAAACGACCACCUUCUUCUCUGGGGACUACCAACGUUAAAAUUCACAACCGUGUCCUGCAGACAGAUUACAUUAUGUGUCAUUUAGCUGAUGCUUUUAUCCAAAGCAACUUACAAUUGCUAUAUACGUCAGAGGUCACACACCUCUGGAGCAACUAGGAGUUAAGUGUCUUGCUCAGCGACACAUGGGGUGUUGUAUCACAUUGGGAAUCGAACCCGGGUCUCCCGCACUAAAGGCAUGUGUCAUACCCACUGCGCCAUCACCACCCUGACCAUCUCCGUCACCGACCAUCACCAGAUCAGAUAGAGACUCCCACAAUUUCCUCCGAUUGGCCAACACUACAUUUCUGUUAAUGGUAAUUGUUUGUCCUCUGUCACUAACAGACAGGUUCACAAACUCUGGCUUAAUUUCUAAAAUUGAUUAAAAAAAUAAAUACAAAAAAUGAUAUUAUAAUUUUUAGAGGGGCUGAGAUGAAAUUAGGGUGGGCUUGAGUCCCCCUAAAAAGGGACUAAAAUCGCCCACGUGCAGAGGUAUCCUUCUCUUCAAAACAAACGGACCCGCUGAUUAAAACCAGUAAAAAAAACACACUGAACAAAGUAGUUUCAUGUUAAAAAAAUCUGAGUUUCUCCGACUCUGUUUUGGCCCGUCGGUGGACAGGAGUUUGCUCAGCUUGAUUCUGUGUGUCCGUUUGUCCUCGGGUCUAAUUUGACCCGUUUUCAAAAAAGUUUCGUUAUCAGAAAUUUGGCGUGGAUGGUUCCACAAACCCGCUCUUUCACAAGUAAAAUAAACGAUCAGUUCAUUACUUA